AUGAUGGAGAAGAACGACAACGAAACCGCAGCCGAGCCGGCGCUGGAAGGCCAAAUCUCCGACGAAGAGGCGUCCACGACCGGCUUCUUUGCGCGCGCCAACCAGCGAAUCCUCAACUCCAAGCACUUUGAGUCUCGCGGCAUCGAGCGGGUGCCAGAGACGGAGCGGCUAAGCAAAGUGGGCGCCUCCAACUACCUGCAGAUGACGAUGCUCUGGUUUAGCACCAACAUCACGGCCAACAACAUGGCUCUUGGCAUGCUGGGGCCGCUGGACUAUUCGCUGGGCUUUACGGACGCGGCGCUAUGCGCGACUUUUGGCGCCGUCCUGGGCGCACUUGGCGUGGCCUAUAUCAGCACGUUUGGCCCUGUCAGCGGGAAUCGAACAAUGGUCCUGGCGAGAUACUUUAUGGGCUACUGGCCCAGCAAGAUCUGCACAAUCUUGAACAUUGUGAUUAUGCUGGGAUACGGCAUGAUUGACUGCCUCGUAGGAGGCCAGAUCCUGUCGGCCGUUGCUGAUGGCAGGCUAACUGUCAUCGUUGGCAUCAUCAUCAUCGCCGUCAUCUCGUGGGUAAUUGUCGUCUUUGGCAUGUCGACCUUCCAAACAUACGAAAGAUGGGCCUGGGUUCCGCAACUCAUUGCAGCAUUUGUCCUGGUCGGUUCCGCCGGCACCAAAUUCGACACCUCGAUCCAGUCAGUUGGAGACGCAUCAACCAUUCGAGGCAACCGCCUGUCGUUCUUCUCGCUUUGCCUCUCUUCGUCGAUUGCCUGGGCCCCUGCCGCAGCUGACUUUUAUGUCUACUACCCCGAAACCACCAAAAAGUGGAAGACAUUCGCCAUGACGGCCGCCGGCGUGGGGGUUGCCAUGAGUUUCGCCUACCUCCUAGGCGUUGGUCUCGCGUCUGGAACCUUUACUCAGCCAUCGUGGAGCGCAGCCAACGAAGUGUCUUCGGGAGCUCUCAUUCUUGAAGGAUACCAAGGCCUGGGAGGGUUCGGAAAGUUUCUCGGCGUCCUCGUUGCCCUCGGCCUCGUCGCAAACAACAUCCCCGGCACGUAUUCCGCAGCCUUGUGCUUCCAGGUGCUUGGCCGAUACGGCGCACGAAUCCCGCGAUGGAUUCUCUCGUGUGUCGGCGCCAUCAUCUACACCGCGUGUGCGCUGGGUGGCCGCAACUACCUCUAUGACAUCUUUGAGAACUUUCUGGCGCUGAUGGGCUACUGGGUGACCAUCUUCAUUGUCAUCACUCUGGAAGAGCACCUGAUUUUCCGUAGAACUCGCGGCUUUGACUGGACAGCGUGGUCUGAUCCGUCACGAUUGCCACUUGGUCUUGCUGCGCUGACGGCGUUUUUAAUCGGAUGGGUCGGAGCCAUCUUGUGCAUGUACCAAGUCUACUACGUUGGACCCAUUGCCAGGCUCGCCAGUCCAAUUGGGGCUGAUCUUGGCAUCUGGGUUGGGUCUUCAUGGGCCAUGAUUGUAUUCCCUCCAUUGCGCUGGCUGGAACUGCGCAAGAUUGGUCGAUGA